UUGGAGCUGGCUGGCGGUUGUGGUCGUCGGUGCGUGGUGGUGGUGGUGAACAGACGGACAAAGAAGAGGGCAACGGGGAGAGAGGGAGAAGGGCAAAACGGUGGUGGUGGUGGUGACGUUGCCCGUGAGUUCGAAAUGGAGGGCAAGGUGGUGGGUUGGUUAUGGAGGAUUUGUCGGUGGUGGUUAUAGAGGAUUUGGUGGUGGUACAGGGGACAAGGUUCCAUUUUUAGGAGAAAAGUCAUUUUUGGGAAUGUAGGGACAAUUUUAAAAGUUAAGGAAAAUUUUUAAGGUUGUAAUUAGCAAAUUGUUUAAGAUUUGUGGGUUAGGCUUUAAAUAUGCCUCGUAUAAAAGAUUUGUGGUGUAUAAAAGAUUUGUGGUUGUAAAUAGCUUGGCCCAAAUAGAAAACCCAAAAACCUUUCAUAUGAAACCCGAAUGACGUCGAUUUAGGGGUACGCACCGAAACUCCACCUUGGCAAAGGCUUCGAACAAAAACCAAAAAAAUUUGAGCACUUGGACGACGAGAUGGGAAUGGGUGCAGAGGAGGAAAAUGGAGAAGCAAACCAGAGAUCAGGGCCCAACCCCACCCCUAAUCCCUUGACGCAGGCCCAGUUUCUCUCCUGGAAACGCCACAAGGUAAAAACUAAAGUUGCUAGAGUUAAGGAAUCUAGCAUUUGGAAGAUUCCAUAUAAGAUGGAAGAUAAGUAUGCGCCUGGGCACUUUAAGGCAAAAAAUAAGAAUGACAUUGGAGGAUGCUGAGGCAUCAGCUAGAAAAGCUGAAGCUGCAAGGAAACGUGCGGAGGACAUAGCUGCAGGGGUAGUGCAGAUGAAUGGCAGGGAGCUUUUCUUGCAUGAGCCUUCAGUGUUCGACAAUAGUCUAUAUUGAGUGGACAAUAUGUCUUCAAUUUGUUUUUGGCAUGACUCAAGCUCCUCCAAAGAGUUCAUACUUGAUGUAUCAGGUUCAAACAUACUGGUUAUAGAAUUUCAGGAAGACAAAAAAAAUCACUUACUUGUGGCUAUGAUGCCUUACACGUACACAAAUUCGGCUGAACACAAAAUUCACUAUGCCAUUUUAUCUUCGGACCGGAUCAGAUGACCUGUCUCAAAACUCUUUUUAAUUGUACGAUGUAUUUUCAAUCUUAAAUGGUACUGUAAUAAUCACUUUCUGCAAUAUGU